AUGACGAGGAACAAAUGGCUAGGAGGUGAGGUUGGCAUGGAAGCCAGCUUAUGGAGGGAUUGUGGGGUUAAUCCCUACGAGAAAGUUUGGAUGCUGCCUGACAUGUUGGGUCAGACUGACCAUUGUUCGAAUCCACGAAUGAGUAAGCAUCGCAUUCGCGAUGAUGGAGCUUGUGUCUCGCCUGUGGCAGUGAAAGGAGACAAACUUAUCCAAAACAUGACUGCCUUAGUGAACACGGUGGGGCCCUGCUUCGGCAUCCUCUUCUCCCGCUUCCUGGAGGACCUCGGCACGUCCUCCGUCAACGUCGCCUGGAUCUACAAUGCCAGGGCCUUCACCCUGUGCCUCACGCAGCUCCUCCUGGGGCCUCUGGUGCUCGAACUCGGCUGGAGGAAGGUGGCCUUCUUCGCCGGAUUCCUCGUCGCCUUCGGGCUGGGCGCCUCCGCCUUCGCCGACUCCGCCGUGUAUUUGCUCUUCUCGUAUUCCUUGAUGACAGGUAUUGGCAGCGGCCUGGAAGUAGGUCUCCUGUUCACCAUCAUCCCGCACUACUUCAAGAGGAAAAGGGGCAUCGCAAACGCUCUCAUGAACCUGGGGAUCAGCACGGGGCAGAUGGCCGGUCCGCUUCUCAUCAGCUACUUACAAGGCCUCUACGGUUUCUGCGGAAGCACCCUCAUCUUGUCGGCCAUUGUGCUCAACUGCUGCGUCGGCGCCUCGGUCUUCCACCCCGUGGAAUGGCACAAGAGGAACAAAGGAAGCGGAAAGAAGUGCGAAGCAGAGCGCGCUCUCAUUCCCGAGGAGGAAGCUGGGGCGCUCGAGGCGACGGCGCGCUUUUUCUGCAACGUCUUCCAAAACCUCAAGUUACUCAGAUCUCCGAAGGUGCUCAUCAUCGGUCUUGGCUCCUCCCUCAACAACACAGGGUUCCUCAACUUCCUCAUGAUGGCGCCCUUUGCCCUGCAGGCCGCAAGACACAGUCUGGAGGAGUCCUCGUGGUGCAUGUCUGUGUUCGGGCUGUGCAACCUGGUCACGCGGCUCCUAGUGUCUUCGCUGACCGACUGGCCCAAGUUCAGCAAACGCGGCUGCUACAUGGUCGGUACAGCGAUAGCGUUUGUCUCCGUUAUUUCUUUCAGCUUUUUACGAGAUCUCACGUGGUCGAAAGUGGUGAUGGGGCUUUGGGGCUGUGGCGUGGGCAGCUUCAUGGGUAUCCACAGCUUAAUAAUGGUUGAGUACGUUGGCCUUGAGAAACUUGUGUCCACGCUGGGGGUCUGCGGCAUCAUGAAUGGCCUUUGCUUCAUCCUCAUCGGACCCCUGAUUGGCGUGAUCCGCGACGUGAGCCAGAGCUACGCCGUGAGCAUGUGGGCGCUGUCGGGCUGCUUCGCGAUCAGCUUCUGCCUGUGGGCGCUGAUGCCCGCCGCCGUGGCCUACGACCGGAGGAGGGAGGAGAGGCAGCGGAAUUUGCCGGCGUAGCGGGCGAAAAAAGGUGCUCCUUCAGGUUACUCCAGCUGGAUUAGGUGAACAGAUCGGCUGCGUAGCAAGAAUUUCCACGCCAGGUGACUGUAGGUGGACCAAGUGGACAGGUCAUCAGAGGACUGCAGGUGGAGCGGGUGAAUUGGUCAUGACAUUCAAGUUAAUUGAGCGGUCAGAUACACCUACACGUGUUUUCAAGGGAGUGAAUACACUAACCUCUAUAUGGCACAAAAUGCGGUCACUUCUAGGCUGGCGGGUUCCCUCGCCUCUUCUGGAGGUUCAACAGCUUAUCAUUUUUAGUGCUAUUUCUAUUGAUGUAAAGCUUAUAUACGGAGAUAUAUUUUCCAAUGAAUAAAAAGGUUACAUGUUU